GCAAUCCAGUAUUCAGUUAUCGUGUCUGCGUGCGGAUAAGAGCACGUUUGCAACUGGUUUCACUAUCACUGCGCGGUGUAAUGUUUACAUUUUCAACAUUAGUGAUAUGUUCGCAAUUGUUUUAUCAAAUAUAUCUUAAUUUUAAACGUUUUAAACUUUAAAACUGUGAUAUCUAAUAACGAUGUUUUUGUUUAGUCGUGAUGAGUGUAAAAAUGAAUAGUUCACGUUAAUCGUUUGAAAUGUGCUUUUUAAUUUUGUUUCGUUAAUUAUGGGGUAAAUGUAUAAAUUUUUCGAUUUUUUUUUAUUUCCAAGUUGUUUCAAAAGUUACUUAAAAUGUAAUCGUAAGUGCGGUAAAAUGCUUGUUAUGAGCCGUUCGGCUAUAUUUUUAUGGCUACUAUUCACGUUCACAGCAGCGGAUCUUAUAAAAAAUGGAAAUGAAAACGUCAACAACGGUACAGAAAAAGCGAACAGAACUUCUGUGCCAGGAGGAGCCAACGGCAACGGUAGCGAAUACAAGGAAACCAAACGCUUCCGGCAAUACCGACCAUCGUCCGAAGAUAUAGUCAACCAAUCUGCAAAAAACGUCACCAUCGAAGACACUUCGGCCAAAAAUACCGAAACGAUUCGUAGCCGGCAUUCAAUCAAGACUAAGCACAAGCAUAAAAGAAUGUGGCACGAGUUAUCUAACGAUCAAAAAAACAAUACCAUAACGUUAGACAAUGUUGAUAAAGCUUCAGAUACCAAAGAGUUAAUUAAGUCUAAUGUAAACGAUACCGCGAACGCGAAUUCUCUAAUUACCAUCGGCGGCGGCGGUGGCGACAACUACGACCACAAUCGUACCAAAGAGAACAAUAAAGUCGAGCUGAGAAAUAACAAUGCUAAAAGUAACGAUGCUGCAGACAAUGACGAUAACGUGAAACAAAUCAAUACGGUUAUUGAUGAUAAAGCUAAGAAUGCUGCCAGUAACGAGGACAUCAGCAAUAGCAGCGCCAGCAGUAGAUCGAAGAUUCAAAGAAUUAGUGCCAGAGUCGCGGCCGACAAUUCGACCAGCGCCUCUAUAAAUUUCAAUACACCGUCACAUCGUAAAAAAAGAAGAAGAAUUUUAUUCUCUUCCACUCAACCAGUUCCUAUCGAUGCUUUACCGAGUCAAACUUCAGUGUACAAUAAUUUUCAACCGAUCGAGCAGAGUUUUCCCAAAGACCACAUUGUGCCUUUUUUAGACUUCGGUCGUAAAAUUGGAGGAAGCGGCACCAUUCCUCGAGGCAAUGUAAAUUUCGUGGAUAGCUUGUUGACCGAAUUACGUAGCAGACCUAUCGAACCUAAACCCCAAAUCGUACCCGAAGAUGAGCCCAUACACGACGAUAUGGACGUAACCAUGGACAGGAAAACUAUCGAAAAAAAUCACGUCCAUAGUGAUCGAUUACACGUAGCCAGUACAAAUUUAGCUAAUUAUUACCGCAGAUCUUCCACGACAAAACCAUCGACAACUAAUACGACGACGACAACCACCACCACCACCAUCACCACCACCUCCAAUGCUGUUAAUAAUUCUUCGACUUGUAUUCCGGCUUACAGAAUUCGGCGUCCUUACCCGAGCAAUAAUAAUAAAACACUUAAACGAGAAAUCAAUCAAAACAUAACCAUAUGUCAAUACAAUGUUACAACCAGCACAUCUAAAACCCUCGAAGACGUUAAACCAGAGACGAAAAAAGUUCAAAAAAAUCGACUCGAAUCAUCGACCACGUACAAAAUUAGCUUUAAAAAUGACACGAAUCAAGUAACGGAAUCACCGGCCGCUAUUGUAGACGUUACAACAUCGUUGGCUAAUCAGUUCACUACGAAAAUUUUGUCUACCGCUGUCAUAACCUCGGUAUCGGUUAAAUCGAACGAUGACGACCUAACGGUACCAAUACAACCGUACAUUUCCGUCGUCGAUCAGAUACCCAAAUCCGAACGCGAGGAAACCCGCAAAAAAUCCAAAUCCGAAAAAUCCUUCGACAAUACGUAUAAUUCGAGCGGUGUCGUAUUUUCCGCUUUGAAUAAAAAUAAACCCGUUCAGUCGACCGUACGACCAAGUCUGACCUUUUACCAACAACGUAAUACAGCGAAAAAUUUUCGAACUAGUACGAGAAACGCGCAUAUUUCCAAAACAAGCCAAAUAUCGCAAUCGACCAGACCCACUGUGAAUCUCAGUACUUCUGAUAACAGCCCUGAAACUACCACCAAACAGUACCAAGUCCAGCCGAGCAUCAUCAACACCUUCAACUUCUCUGACCCGAAUAUUGGAUAUCUCCUUGGAAGUAAUCCAACCACCCAAUCAGCUCAACCCGAAUCAGAACCCCUUGAAAAUGCUGAAAUCACCACCGACGAGCUUUUCAAUCAAAAACCAACCGUCGUCAUUGUCACCGUCAACGAAGGCGAUAGUUUACCAAUAAGUAACGAAGAAGAUCUGUACAAUUCCUCUUCGACACCGUCUAUAAUCACGUAUAAAAAUACUGAAAGAAAUACCGAAAAUUGGAGAUACCUUACUAAUGUAGAAAAUGAAAGUUCCUCUAAAAAUUCAACGCAGGCGCCUCAAAUUUAUGCCAUAUUUUCCAAGUCAUCUGUGCUCAAUUUCACCAGAGUCGAAUCACCAGUACCAUCGACUACUCCAAAACUUGCCGCCAAACCUACGAUUAAACCCAGUAGCGAAGAGUAUGCUGUUGGAUAUCAAAUUGGAUUUCAUAUUAUUACCUAUGUGUUGGCUGGCUUAGGGAUUAUUCCGCUGGUUAUAGGAAUUUUCCUCAUUACUAAGAUGAUACUCAGUCAGAAUAAAAAACAGAUUUUUGAAGGCUCCGAAUAUUCAUCAGAAUACAACAGAAAUCCUUUGGAAUUCAACGGAGGCGUGACUUCUUCUCCGAUUGCAACAAAAUUACCACGAGUUCCUCAUCAUAUGGCUCAUUGGGAAAUUGAAAAGAAAGCAUUUUCUUCUAUCAAUUUGCCGAAUAAUAGCAAAUGGGAGUUUCCUCGAGAUAAAUUACGCCUGCAGACUAUAUUAGGACAAGGAAAUUUCGGACAAGUUUGGAAAGCUGAAGCGGACGAUAUAAGCGGCCAUGAAGGUUUAACACGUUUAGUAGCGGUAAAAAUGGUCAAAGAGAUUUCAUCUACUCGCGAAAAAGAAGACUUAAUUAAAGAAUUAGUUAUAAUGCAGCAUUUAGGAUCUCACCCUAAUGUUGUAACCUUAUUGGGAUGUUGUACUGAAAAAGAACCUUAUAUGUUAAUCAUGGAAUACGUAAUGUAUGGUAAGCUGUUAUCAUUUUUAAGAGACCAUCGUACACGAUCUCAUUACUUCAACUUCUCUGAUAACGGGGAUACGUUAACGUCUCGAGAUUUAACUGUUUUCGCCUACUGCGUCGCCAGAGGAAUGGAGUAUCUCCAAAAUAAACAAAUUAUACAUAGAGAUUUAGCAGCGCGUAAUAUAUUAGUAGAUCAUAAUAAAUUAUGUAAAAUCGCUGAUUUUGGAAUGUCACGCCAUGUAGGCGAAUCUGGUCAAGUACUCGAACAUCGUCAAAGCAAGGGUGCUUUACCUAUACGGUGGAUGGCUCCGGAAUCGUUGCAUUACAGUUGUUAUACACAUAAGACUGACGUUUGGAGUUUUGGUAUCCUAAUGUGGGAAAUUGUAACUUUAGGUUCAAUGCCUUACGCAUCUAUGGGCGCUCGAGUAGUGAUGAGGAAGGUGAAAGAAGGUUACCGCUUAGAAAAACCAAAGCAUUGUAAAUCGCAGUUGUUUAACGUAAUUAGUAAAUGUUGGUCUUCGGAUCCAAAUAAACGACCUACAUUUACCGAACUGAAACAAGAUCUGGGUAAUUUAUUAGAAGAUCCAGAACAUGAUGGAAAUUACGUUGAUUUGGAUAGUCUGGUUGAAGAAAUGAAUCAAGUCGUACACAGAAGCCAUAACGAAAAAAUUGUUAUUUAAUUUUUUUCCUUUUUUCCUUUCUUUUUUUUUAAAUGUAUUGUACGAUAUUACGAAAACACGUAGGAAUAUUUUCUACCAUUUUUAGUCAUGUUUUUAAUAUGUAUUCAGAAUAAAUAAGUGUAUUUUA